CAUGAACCAUCGGGCUCCAGCCAACGGCCGCUACAAACCAACUUGCUACGAACAUGCUGCUAACUGCUACACACACGCAUUCCUCAUUGUCCCGGCCAUCGUGGGCAGCGCCCUCCUCCAUCGGCUGUCCGACGACUGCUGGGAAAAGCUCACGGCCUGGAUUUACGGCAUGGGCCUCUGCGCCCUCUUCAUCGUGUCUACAGUAUUUCACGUCGUAUCGUGGAAGAAGAGUCACUUAAGGACAGUCGAGCAUUGUUUUCACAUGGGUGAUAGAAUGGUGAUCUAUUUCUUCAUUGCUGCUUCUUAUGCUCCGUGGUUAAACCUCCGUGAACUUGGACCCCUGGCAUCUCAUAUGCGUUGGUUUAUCUGGCUCAUGGCAGCUGGAGGAACCAUUUAUGUAUUUCUCUACCAUGAAAAGUAUAAGGUGAUCGAGCUCUUUUUCUAUCUCACAAUGGGAUUUUCUCCAGCAUUGGUGGUGACGUCAAUGAAUAACACCGACGGACUCCACGAACUGGCCUGCGGGGGCUUGAUUUACUGUUUGGGAGUCGUCUUCUUCAAGAGCGACGGCAUCAUCCCAUUCGCCCACGCCAUCUGGCACCUGUUUGUGGCCACGGCAGCUGCGGUGCAUUACUACGCCAUUUGGAAGUACCUUUACCGAAGCCCCACAGACUUUAGGCGGCACUUAUGACCCGUUUGUGCUAGGUCUCCACACCAGUAUUAUGUCUAUCAUGGCACAUGGGAGGGGCAGGGUGAGCGCUGAGAUUGCCCAGGAAAGACCAGAAAGGAAGCGGGGUGCGCCGGGGGAACACAAAAGACCAUGGCACUGAUUUUGUAUCUUUUGAAUACACUGACUGUGAACGUGUGGGAGCUGUGUGCUGGCUUUCCCCUCACAGCAAACACACGGAUCUAGGGAAUUCUUCACCCAUUCCAUUCCACACUCAUGAAGGACACUGGGUAGACUUGGCCAACUGAUGUUUACAAAACCAGAAUUUUGUAUUUUCAUUUUACAGAUUUUACUACAUGGUUUUUUCUACACUCCUAGGUCAGCUUGUUAAAUGGCCAGUGCAAUUAACAAAGCUUCCUUUUUAAGAACACAAAACAAAAGAAUAUUUCUAUCGCUUUCCCACGCUGUGUAAAGAAUCAUGGACAGGAUUAAAACAUGACUUUUUUUACCAUGCUUCAUCCUGGCGCACAACAUGGUUAUUUUUUAAAGAGAAUUUUAGUUUUUUGGUAACUUUUUUUAAAAAAACAACUUUUGUUGAAGUGCGCCUCUGCGGUUCAUGCAUGGUGUGACUUCCUGCAGCAAGCAGUCAACAUUCCACAAAGGAGCAAGCCUCAUACCUCUUCGGACCGUUUUAUGACGCGUGGAGAAAUUACCAAUUUGUAAAAAACUCACACUUUUUCUCCAAACUUUUCUGCCAGCCCCCUCCUUCUGAAUUCAGUGCUGCUCUGGCCGCCCCCACACCUGGUGUGGUUGGCCAUGAUGGAGAAGUACGUUGAUACCGUUCACUCUUCCCCCAGGUGCCGACAUGGCCACUCUCUGCCUUGGCCCUGCUUUCUUCAGGGCCUCCCUCCGGGGUGGGCGAGUGGGCACACCCGUACCGUGAUCGUGCUGCUGAGGAGCGUUGUAGAAAGACGCUGACUGCGUGCGUUCCUGCCCUGCUCCGUUAGGUCACUGUCUCUGCCCCACACCACCCAUUGGGUGUUUGUUUCAGAGUGUGGGCUUAGACACAGACAUUCACACGUGCACCUUUCCUCGGCAUCUCCCCAAACACCUUGAUUGUUUUCCUUUCUAAAUACAAAGUGUUUAAGCCGCGUGGGCCCAAAUGGAAACUCACACAGCUUGAGCCCAUGACUGUAUGCGGGCUCGGGAGUGGUGGUUAACGUGCUAUUUUUGACUUUCUCCAUGUCUUAUAUUAAGAUUGGUGUAUUCGUUGCUCUGUUGAUUCAGCUCUCCUCAUGGUGUUUCAGUAAGGGAAACCACUUUCCCUGCAGAUGGGAUGCCAGAGACCUGUGUUCUAGUAGCGGGUUUGAUAAAAUGGUUAAACCUAGCCACGUGUGUAAGCAUGCUGGUUCCGUUUUUGUACUGAUGUGACUCAAAAGAGGGUUUAUUCAGUGGGUGUAUGUGGAGAAUGCUCUGAUUGUGAAUCCUAUGGGAAGGACGAAGAAUGGGUACCUGCUGGUGUCUUAUGAAAUAGGCUGGGAGCCCAGUGAUUGUACCCACAGACCCCCUUCUGCAUGCCUGAUCCUGAACAGCUGGUUGCCUGCUGUUUUACUGUGUAUCUUAUGUCGAUAUAAUAUAUUUACUUUUUGUGAACUCAUUUCGUCUGCUCAAAAGUAACACUGUCAAAAACCACUAAAAUGUAUGUAAAAAAGAAAUCUUGUGCUGUAGAUUAAAAUAAAAUUGUUAUUUAGACUUG